AUGACUAAAGAGGAGGAGAUCCCAGACUGGGUGGGCGCCCAGGAAUUCUAUGACAACUAUGAGCCGAAGGAGAUUCUGGGAAGGGGAGUGAGCAGCGUGGUGCGUCGCUGUGUUGACAAACGGACGUCUCAGGAGUAUGCUGUGAAGAUUAUCGAUGUCACUCCCUCAGACAAAAUGACCCCAGAGGAAAUUGAGGAGAUCAGGGACUCUACAGUGAAGGAAAUUGAUAUCCUCAAGAAAGUCUUUGGACAGGAGAAUAUUAUACAGCUAAAAGAUUGCUACGAAUCCAACGUAUUCUUCUUCCUGAUUUUUGACCUGAUGAAAAGGGGAGAACUUUUUGACUACCUCACGGAGAAAGUAACACUGAGUGAGAAGGAAACAAGGAACAUCAUGCGUGCUCUGCUGGAUGUGGUUCACUUUCUCCACGACCAGAACAUAGUUCAUCGAGAUCUCAAACCUGAAAACAUUCUUUUGGAUGAUGAGAUGAACAUCAAACUGACUGACUUUGGCUUCGCUGUGCAAAUCCAACCGGGAGAGAAGCUUAAAGAGGUGUGUGGGACUCCUGUUUAUCUUGCACCCGAGAUCAUCCAGUGCUCCAUGGACUCUGGCCACGAGGGAUACGGAACUGCUGUGGAUAUAUGGAGUGCAGGGGUGAUUAUGUACACUCUGUUAGCUGGUUCCCCACCCUUCUGGCACAGGAAACAGAUGCUGAUGCUGCGUAUGAUUUUAGCGGGAGAUUACAGUUUUUCAUCCCCUGAAUGGGAGGACCGUUCCGACACAGUCAAAGAUUUGAUCUCUCGGAUGCUCGUGGUGGACCCAAGACAGCGGUACACUGCCGCCGACGUGCUCAACCAUCCGUUCUUCUCGCAGUAUGUGGUGGAUGAAGUCCGACAAUUAAGUCCAUACAGAAAAUUCAAGGUCAUCUGCCUCACGGUGCUAGCCACUAUGCGCAUCUACUGCAGCUACCGUAGAGUCAAGCCUAUCACCAAGGAGGUGAUCCAGAGUGACCCAUAUGCAUUCAAGCCCCUUCGCAAGCUCAUUGAUGCAUGUGCCUUCAAGAUUUACGGUCACUGGGUCAAAAAGGGCCAAACGCAGAACAGAGCAGCACUUUUCGAGAACACGCCAAAGGCCAUCCUGCUGUCUAUAGUGGAUGAGCCAGUCCAGAAUAUCUGGUAA